CAGCCUCCCCUCUCCCCCUCCCGCCGGCACCCCUCCUGCUCUCGUUCUACGUCACGGGAUGACGUAGGAAGCCGGGGAGGGAGGAGGAGCGCCUGCCAGUGGCUCCUGCUGCAGUUUGCUUAGCCCAGCCUCCCGCUUUCCCGCCCCCCUUUCUCUAAAUCGUGCCCCCCCACGCCUGGCAGGAGCUAUAUAAGGCGGAACGAGGCAGGCGAGGGAGGCAGCGCAGCGGAGCGGAGCCCAGGAGAGGAGAGGAGAGAGCGAGCUGGAGCGAGAGCCGGAGCGAGAGCCGGGGAAGCGAGGAGGAAGAAGCCACCGGCUUCGGGACAGGACCGCAGGUGCUCGGAGCGCCGGAGCGGGAGCCCCGCAGCCGCCAGGCAUGUACCGCUCCACCAAGGGCGCCUCCAAGGCGCGCCGCGACCAGAUCAACGCGGAGAUCCGGAACCUCAAGGAGCUGCUGCCGCUGGCCGAAGCGGACAAGGUCCGGCUGUCCUACCUGCACAUCAUGAGUCUCGCCUGCAUCUACACUCGCAAGGGCGUCUUCUUCGCCGGAGGUGCUCCUCUGGGGGCCCCUACAGGGCUUCUCUCAAGUCAAGAGCUUGAAGACAUAGUGGCCGCGCUACCUGGCUUCCUGCUUGUAUUCACCGCGGAGGGGAAGCUGCUGUAUCUGUCUGAGAGUGUGAGCGAGCAUCUGGGCCACUCCAUGGUGGACCUGGUUGCCCAGGGCGACAGCAUCUACGACAUCAUUGACCCAGCGGACCACCUCACUGUGCGCCAGCAACUCGCCCUGCCCUCUGCCCUAGACACCGAUCGCCUCUUCCGCUGUCGCUUCAACACCUCCAAGUCGCUGAGGCGCCAGAGUGCAGGCAACAAGCUGGUGCUUAUUCGAGGCCGGUUCCAUGCUCACCCACCUGGAGCCUACUGGGCAGGAAACCCUGUGUUCACAGCCUUCUGUGCUCCACUGGAGCCACGACCCCGCCCUGGUCCUGGUCCUGGGCCUGCUUCGCUCUUCUUGGCCAUGUUCCAGAGCCGUCAUGCUAAGGACCUGGCCCUACUGGACAUCUCUGAGAGUGUCCUAAUCUACCUGGGCUUUGAGCGCAGUGAACUGCUCUGUAAAUCAUGGUAUGGACUGCUGCACCCUGAGGACCUGGGCCACGCUUCUGUUCAACACUACCGCCUGUUGGCUGAGAGUGGAGAUAUUCAGGCAGAGAUGGUAGUGAGACUGCAGGCCAAGCCUGGAGGCUGGGCAUGGAUUUAUUGCCUGUUAUACUCAGAAGGUCCAGAGGGCCCCAUUACUGCCAAUAACUACCCGAUCAGUAACACAGAGGCCUGGAGCCUCCGCCAGCAGCUGAACUCUGAAGACCCUCAGGCAACCUAUGUCCUGGGUACCCCAACCAUAUUGCCAUCAUUCCCUGAGAACAUCCUUUCCCAGGGACAGUGCUCCAGCCGUAACCCACUCUUUGCCCCAGCCCUGGGGGCUCCCAGAAGCACCAGUUUCCUCCCUGCUCCUGAAAUGGGUGCUGUCUCAACACCAGAAGAGCUUCCCCGACCUCCCAAAGAGCUGGGCUUCAGUUACCUGACGUUCCCACCCCGCUCUGAACCUCCUCUUCAAGCCGACCUGAGCAAGGAUCUUGUGUGCACCCCACCCUACACACCCCACCAGCCAGGAGGCUGUGCCUUCCUCUUCAGCCUCCACGAGCCCUUCCAAGCCCACUUGUCCACUCCAUCCAGCUCUCUCCAAGAACAACUGACUCCAAGCGCCGUGACCUUCUCCGAUCAACUGACGCCCAGUAGUGCCACCUUCUCAGAUCCACUGACUAGCCCACUACAAGGCCAGCUGACCAAAACCUCUGCCAGAAGCUACGAAGAUCAGUUGACUCCCUGCACCACCAACUUCCCAGACCAGCUGCUUCCCAGCACUGCUCCCUUCCCCGAGCCUCUGGGCAGCCCUGCCCAUGAGCAGCUGACUCCUCCCAGCACAGCAUUCCCGGCACAUCUGAACAGCCCCAGCCAAGCUUUCCCAGAACAACUGAGCCCCAAUCCCAGCAAGACUUACUUCGCCCAGGAGGGAUGCAGUUUUCUCUAUGAGAAGUUGCCUCCAAGCCCCAGCAGCCCUGGUAAUGGGGACUGCACACUCCUGGCCCUCGCCCAGCUCCGGGGCUCCCUCUCUGUGGACGUCCCCCUGGUGCCCGAAGGCCUGCUCACACCUGAGGCCUCUCCAGUCAAGCAGAGUUUCUUCCACUACUCCGAGAAGCAGCAGAAUGAGAUAGACCGUCUCAUCCAGCAGAUCAGCCAAUUGGCUCAGGGCAUGGACAGGCCCUUUUCAGCUGAUGCUUGUGCAGGCGGGCUGGAGCCACUUGGGGGGCUGGAGCCCCUGGACUCCAACCUGUCCCUGUCAGGGUCUGGCCCUCCUGUGCUCAGCCUGGAUCUGAAACCCUGGAAAUGCCAGGAGCUGGACUUCCUGGUUGACCCUGGGAACAUAUUCCUGGAAGAGGUGCCUGUGGAAGACAUCUUCAUGGACCUCUCUACCCCAGACCCCAAUGGGGAAUGGAGUUCAGAGGAUACUGAGGCAGCGGUCCCAGGAGGGGCCCUGUCGCCUUGCAACAACCUGUCCCCAGAAGACCACAGCUUCCUGGAGGACCUGGCCACAUAUGAAACCGCCUUUGAGACAGGUGUCUCAGCAUUCCCCUACGAUGGGUUUCCUGAUGAGUUGCAUCAACUCCAGAGCCAAGUUCAAGACAGCUUCCAUGAAGAUGGAAGUGGAGGGGAACCAACGUUUUGAAUAAGUCUGUGACUUAACGUCGUCAAGUAUGGCAUAUUGUCAUCAAGACGUGGAGCUGCUCUCCACCCCCCCGGGACUGUUGGGGGGAUUCUAGGGGCUGGAGGGGG